AAUUAUAUACGGACCAAAAAAGUGAUGAAAGACAAAAGAGAGUAGUUCGAGAUAACACAAAUCCAUAUUAACCGCUUUCCUUUCCAAAUAAAUUACACAUAUAUUCUCUCUUCUCUCUCGUUUUCCAUAUUCACCAGAUCGCCAAACCCUAAUCUGAAGCAAUCACCGAUACCCUUUUCAAUUUAUUAUCUCAAAAUUGCUUCUGAAAUUCGCCGAUUCUUCCAAUCGGAUACCGAGUGUUUCCAUCUCUUUUUCGUUGCUAAAUUCGGGGAUUAUGGCUCUUGCGCAGACUUACUAUUCACAAGGUGGCCCUUUUCGUGGAGACUCUAGGUCGUUUUAUGGUAGAAACCAGAUUAGUGGAACACAUUCCUCUGCAUACAACCAUUAUGACACUGUUGUUAGUCAUCUUUUUAGCUCUAAUGGUUUCCAUGACUUGAGUAGAAAUUUUAGCGAGUAUAGCUAUGGUUAUGAUAAUUUCGUAAAGCUUGAGGCUGAACCGUCUUUGAAGAGGAGGAAGUGUUCAGCUUCUGGUUGGGAAAGCAGUGACAGGUACUCCCAAGCAACCAAUGCAUGUAAAGAUGUUCCUUCAAAGCAGCCAAACACAUGCUAUAAUGUUCCUUUGAGGAAUUCCAGAGCGUACGAUGAUGCAUAUUCAGCCUGUAACAACAAUUCAGCCAUUACUACUAGUACUUCUAGACCUCGUUCUGAUGCAAGCGCACCCACGAGCUCUAAGCGCGACCGCUCAUGGCUUGAGGAUACUGAAACUGAUAAUAUCUUUAUGUCUAGGGAGCAAAUAGAUAAGUGCUCCCCAUCCAGGAAAGAUGGUAUUGAUGCAAUGCAUGAAGCACAUUUGCGAUACUCGUAUUGUGCUUUCCUCCAGAACCUCGGAAUUCGCCUGGGCCUGCCACAGACCACUAUUGGAACUGCCAUGGUUCUAUGUCACCGCUUCUUUGUGAGGCGAUCACACGCAUGUCAUGACAGAUUUUUGGUUGCUACUGCUGCUCUCUUUCUUGCGGCGAAGUCAGAAGAGACUGCACGGCCUCUCAACAAUGUUUUGAGGGCCUCAUGUGAAAUUUUCCACAAGCAGGAUCUUGCAGUUUUAUCAUAUUUACUACCUGUGGACUGGUUUGAGCAGUACCGUGAACGUGUUAUUGAAGCUGAGCAGAUGAUACUGACCACUUUAAAUUUUGAACUGAACGUGCAACAUCCAUAUGAACCUCUUACAUCCACCCUUGAAAAAUUAGGGCUUUCUGAAACAGUAUUGGUGAAUCUAGCACUGCAUCUUGUCAGUGAAGGGGUCUAUAGAAGGAUUAGCUUGAUCGUCUGUAUGAUAUUUGCUGGCGGUUGAUAUGCUGUGCAUCAAAUGUUUUGUUUUACCGUCUGAAGUUAAAACUAGCCAUUUCUUGUGGAUGCUUUUCCAUGCUGACAUCUUAAUAGUAUGGCCAUUGACCAUAGAAGAAUGUCAGAGAUGCUCGAGAAGUUUGCCAUGAUACUUUAUGUUUUUCAUGCUCAAAUGGAACAACUCCAUGUGGAGUCCUCAUGCACUUUGUCUCUUCAUGUAGCCUAUUCCUCAGGUGUCCAUGUAGGAUACCAAUUAUUCGGACAGAGUAUUCUAUAAUUGUUGGUAGUGUGUUCUUGACUGCCUAGUGGUGGGGCAUGGGUAGUCUGGUUUUUGGAACUGGUGAAUACAGAUUUUACAAGUUCUCAACUUCUCAUCUUGCUGGAGCAAAGAAUUAUUCCUAAAAUAUGAUAUAAAACAGAUUAACAUCUUGAAGGAUUAGUAAUCUUUGUGGUAGGACAGGUCUGCGUAGACUAUCGUUUUCUGUGUGAUAAGUUGGAAAGAUUAUCAUGCCUAUGUAAUUAGUGGUUCUUGUACAAUUUCUUGUUUAUACCUCGACGGCAUUGUAAUUGUCCUACCUCUAUUACUAAAGGAUCCAUUUGGUUCCCAGACUCCAAUUGGUGCUCUCUCUCUCUCUAGAAUAACCAUAACGUUCCUACUUUUCUUCUCACCAUCUUGAUCUUCUCUCUUUCGCUACAGACACAUACUGAAUCCGGUUUUUCUAGUUAUGCGGCUUGUUAUGCACAUGUGCAUUCCAUAGGCACACUUGUAGCAGAAUAAGUUACUGGCAGGAUAGUUCAUCGUCCAAUUAACAGAUAAAUAAGCAACUGUCACCUGCAUUUGUGUAGACCCUGCUCUAUUCCUUGCAAAUAGCAUCAAUUGAAUGAUGGUGGAGGCUUGAUUUCUGUAUUUUUUCCUGGUUCUGUUAUUUUUGAUUUCUUAAAAGUGAUCUGAUGAUUCAUAUUUUCCAUUUGGACACGUAACCGACUCAGAGGUACAAGCUGUCAUUGCCUGGAUGCUGUAUGGCUAGCGCCCAAAAACAGUUCAUUUAAGUGGCAAUGAUUCCUACUGGGAAAUCAAGUAGUGGUGUUAAAUGUUAGUGUUUUACUUCUGGUUAUGUGAUGGAACUCUAUAUUGAAAGUCCUACUGCAAUCACUAGCACCAACAAGAUGGGCUGGCAAAGUUGAUGACACCAAGUAGUUUUUGGGUUAAUGAAAUGACGUGUUUCUGUGGUUUUUGCUUUUUCCCCAGCUACUUGAUAACUUCAACUCAUUGUCCUAAGUUUUAUUUAUGUAUAUACCCACACACAUAUUUUACGUAUAACACACACACAUAUAUGCAUAUAUAGUCAAAACGUCAUUAUAUUUGUUACUUAUAAGAAGUACAGAGGUCAUUAUAUUACUUAAAAAGUAUAACACUCACAUAAAUGCUUGUUCUUUCUUAGACCAAGUUCAUUGUUCGGAGCAUUGACCUUCUCCUAAGUGUCUCGUGGCAAGCACUUGUAAUGCAGAGAGCAUUGCUAUGCUGAGGUGGAGCUGUAAUGUAUAAAAUUUACUCAUUAUGGUUUGUUAUCUAUGUACCUAUAUAUUACUUUUUGAAGUUUGAGGACCACAGUGGCUUGAAAUCUUUUUUAUGCUUAUCAAACUUUGUACUAGAAAUUUUGUUCACUUUAUAAAGUCAAAUUUGAAGCUCUUUCAAAACUAAUAAUUUCAGAGACAACAUACACGCACAAUAUAUAUAUAUAUAUAUAUAUAUACACACACACACACAGAAGAGGCGUAAUUUCUGAAAGUUAUAGGAUGACUUCUCUCUUUUUUUAUUGAUACUCUUUUGGAACUCAUUAUGAAUUAAAGGGCUGUAACAUUCAAGUGUUACUUCAAAUGAGAAAUGGUUUCUCUGUGCCUUCUUUUUUCUCCUUUUGGCUCGCUAAGUGGAUUGGGCAGCAUACUUUCGGAGAUUGUGGGAUGCCUGACUGACAGAGACCGUAGUUGGGGAAAAUGCCUACAUAUUGUUGGAUAGUGUAGUUGUAGAGGGCACUGAUUUUCCAAAUGUUAGUGUCUUCCCAACAUCUAACAGAGGUUAGCUAAUUUUUGGGUGUCCUGUUUAUGUUUUUAGCAAUAACUUUCUGGCAGAAAGGGUGACACCUGUUUACUGUGUCAUUCUGUUAGCUCCUUCAUGGUAGAUAUGAGCAAAUAAGUUUCUGCUCAAAUAUACUACAGUAUGAGUGAAACUUAGAGUGAGGAUCAAAGCUGGCAAGUUCACAAGUUCUAUUGUCUUUCCUCUGGGUAUGGUAGUGAAAAAUAGUGCAACAGUUGUUGCUUGUGUCUGUCUUGUUUUGGUAUAUGAGGUACAUAUAU